GGGUUUUGUUCUGAUGUCACACUGGGCUACAACAGCUCAAGGGCUAUCUCCAUCCAACAGAUAUGUAGUGAAAUCAGGAACUUCAGAUACGUCGAAGGGAAGAACUCACCUCCAGACCUUUUGAGGGAAAGUAUGAAAACUAAUUAGGGUCCUUCCUGUCCUGAGGUCAAUCACUGCAAAGGGCCUUCAAGGAAUUCUGCUUUAAUUUUAAAAAAACAGGAUCGAUGUUUUAAUUUUUAUUUAUUUUUAUUUUGUUUGAUGUCUUUUUACAAAGCUGGAUAACUGAAAUUAGAAAAUUAGUUCACAAAGAAGUUGACUGAAUGUUGCAAACUUGCAAGAUGGAAGGAUUUUCCCUCAUUUCCCCUCCCUCUGAAGAUCUGAUAUCCUAUGAGUCAGACAUCUACAGGCAGUCCCAUGACAGUUACCAGUAUCUGAACAGUGAUGCAGAUAGUCAUGGCGCAGGUGAAUUGUUUUUAUGUCCAUCAGACCACUGCUGGGAAUAUCACCCCCACCACCUGCACCCAGAGUUUGAGACCUUUGGGGACAACCACUUUGCAGAGCUCCAAAGCGUUCAGCCACCUCAGUUGCAGCAGCUGUACCGGCAUAUGGAGAUUGAACAGAUGCAUGUUCUAGACCCUGGGAUCCCUGCCACACACUUUGGGAUCAACCACAACCAUCAGGUUACAUUUGUGCCUCGUACCUUGUGCGUGUAUCCCUCUCACCACCGCAGUUCUGAUGACGAAGAUCUAGACAGACAGAGUCCACCACUGGAAGUAUCAGAUGGGGAGACGGAUGUUAGGGAACCUGGCCCUGGGAUUAUAAGUGGAGAAGCAGGCAGUAAAAAGAAAAUCCGACUGUACCAGUUUCUUCUUGACCUGCUUCGAAGUGGAGAUAUGAAAGAUAGCAUCUGGUGGGUGGAUAAGGAUAAGGGCACUUUCCAGUUCUCCUCCAAGCACAAAGAAGCACUGGCUCACCGCUGGGGCAUUCAGAAAGGCAACCGCAAGAAAAUGACCUACCAGAAGAUGGCACGGGCACUGAGAAACUACGGCAAGACUGGGGAGGUCAAGAAGGUCAAGAAGAAGUUGACCUAUCAGUUUAGUGGAGAGGUGAUGGGAAGGAGUGGCAUGGAUAGGAAGCACUAUAGUCUUUGAAGGAGAGACCCCGGAAUAAUGAAAAGCCAGAUAAUAAAGACACAUGAGUUGGACUUAGCAGCAGAGGUUGCCAAACACAUCUUUUACUAUGCUUCCAAAGCCCUCAUCUCUAUCUCAUUGAGGCGAAAUUUCAACAGUGUUUCUGGUACGAAUUCCCUUCUUCAGCUUUGAAAUUCCUACAGAACCCAAAUGCAACAGGUUGGACACCGCAGGGAUUUUCUUUUUUUAAGGGAAUGUAUAGAUAUAUUGUUUUCAGAAAAUAUUUCAUUGUGCUGUAAUUAAAAUUUGCAGCUGACGAAGUUUUUUUUGUCCUUCACAGGCAAGUCACAUUUCACCUUCAAAGACGCUGCCUUAGCUUACAGCUUAAAACUAGCAUUAAUACAGGCUCUGCUAUAGUUCUCCAUGGCUAGAGAGAAGUUUGCAGAUCUUGGAAAUAUCUUACUGUGCAAAUAUUAAUAACGUGUAAAUAUUUAAUAAAAUCAGGUUUAAGAAAGGCAUAUUCCUGAAUUAAUCUGUAAUGGCUCAUGA